AAGUGCAAGGUCAGGAAGUCAUCUCACUGAACGUUGCCAGGUUGAAUUUUUCUUUAAUGCAGUGGAAGGAGGUGAGCAGUUUUGGUGAUCAUGUUCUCUUUUCUGGCAAAAGCACAACAGCUUGUUGCUCGGCAGCUGAGUUGGGUUUCAAUAGGGGUUGUUUGUAUUACACACUGCCCGAGGAUCAGAGCUUGUACAAAUUUGAAUUAGAAGGCACUGGUACUGUAACGUUGCCGUGUCUAAAGCUUCCAACACCAUGCUUUUCGUCAGAUUGGAUUAUGAUGCCUACCACUUUCAGGGUUGGAGAACAAGAAAGAUCUGAACUUAUGUUAAAUAGACGGGAAGAAAGAGAUUUCAUAACCAGCAUUGGAGUAAGAUUAAAUAACAAAUGUGAGAAUCAGGGAGAAGUAAAUCAACAAGGACCUUGGAGUAUUCUUCAAGACGACACUCUACUCAAGACAGCAAGUUAUCUCCAUCCAAUUGACUACAAACAAUUUCGAUUAGUCUGUAAAGCAAUUCGAUCGAAUCUACCUAUAUUUAAGCAAACACCAACUUCCGGUACGAUCUUAAGCAACAGAUAUGUGUCUCCAUGGCUAGUAUUUUCUGUCAACAAUGAGUGCACUGUCUACAAUUUUGUCGACCCGAUGCAUAAUAAUGAGAACUACUUUAUGGAACGUCCCUUGCUAAAAGGAGCUAUAAUUCGUUUCCAAAAGGACGGCUGGCUACUUAUGUCGGAGGGAGCUCACAGAUUAUUCUUUCACAACCCCUUCACGAAAGAGACCAUUAAUAUUCCGGAUUUGCCUCAACAUUACCACUUCUCCAACAUCUCAUUCUUUUCAUUACCGACUUGUUCUGAUUGUGUAGUUUAUGGCAUUCAAGUAGAUGAAGAAGAUGAGGGUAUCCGUGUCUAUAUCAUUGCAAGGGGAGAGAAGUCUUGGAGGGAUCACAUGUUUGAUAAUAUCGAUACGGAUGGGUACUACAUGCCAUCACUUAACACUCCAGUUCUAUACAAAGGGAUUUUGUAUUCUGUAGAUUAUAAUGGACUUGUAGGAACUUUAAGCUCGGAAGACAACAUUAAUUGGAGUUACCAAGUUGUUAAUAAGCCCCGCGGAAUAUUUGAUGGUGCAUAUCCUAGCUUUCUGGUGGAGUGUGGAGGAGAUCUUUUAUUAGUGAAAUUAGGACGUAUGGGGGUAUUCAAAGGAAUUUUCAGAUUAAAUUUCUCGAAGAAGGAAUGGGUCAGAGUAAAGAGUCUGGGAAAACAUAUGUUAUUCAUCAGCUAUACAUCUUGUGUCUCAAGAAUUGCUCCGCGUGCUGAUAUGGAGAACAAGAUAUAUUUUUCUAGAUUGUCCUUGCAUGGGGAAGGAAUAUUAUUGUAUUCACUUGAUACAGGUAAUUACCAUUCUCUUGGGAAUCAACGUUCUUCAAAAGAUUUUUAUGAUACAAAGGGGUGGGCAUCAUGGUCUUGGAUUGAACCUAAUUGGUCAAGGUCGACUUCAGAGGAGCUCGAUUGGUUUGCAAAUCUUUCAUAAUACUAUCUAUUAAUUAGUGUUUUCUUGUAUUCCAUAACAACCAUGUAACCCAUGUGGUUGCACGAAGAGAUGAUACAUUCUCUCGCAACGUUUUCUUGUAUUCCAUGACAACCAUGUAACCCAUGUGGUUGCUCGAA